AUGCCUCAGAUGAAUUUUGAGUCGGGGUUUAUGAGGUUUAUUCCUCUAAUCGGCUACCACCAUCUCCUCAUGAUAUUCAUUGCCCUGGCUAUAAUAUUACUAUCCCUCCUACUAGCAGGCUGCUCAUCUUCUUCCCCGCAAAUCCCAACAAUCUUCCUAAUAUCCCUCUUCUACGAAAAAUAUACACCGGUCUUUGACCCCGCUAUCGUCUCCCCAGGCAUCAACACAGCCAUGACGAACAUCGUCGGCGGCGCACAGCUGGAAGUCCGCGUGGGAUACUUCGGAAUAUGUAUCCAGCCCACCGGCGGUGCAUUCAUGUGUAAUCAAAAUGCCACGGCGCUGGCGGACAUGUUGCAGUCCGAGGACGAUCCGCUGAAUCUCGUAUGGGUUGCUGCGACGUUUAAGGAUGCAGUUGUUUUUCCAUAUUUAAUAAUCGUCGCCAUAAUCCUCGCCUUUAUCUGCUUCAUUCUCCUCGCCACCUUCCCCGGCUGGCACGAAGAGAUCACCGAAGACGGCUCGGAUCGCGAAGUCAAGCCCUUUCCCUCCCGGUUCGUGUCGCAAAUAGCGUUAGCGUUGAUCUUCAUCUCGUCCGUGUUCGUCCUGGUGUCAGUGCUAUGGCAGCAUACGGCGUCUGUGGCGGCGAGCACGAUAGCGCAGGAUCUAGGCAAUGGGGUGGUGAGGAGUGGGGUGGGGACAUCGGCGAUGAUAUUGGGGUGGUUUGGGUUUGCAUUGCUUAUUAUUGUGACGGUUGGGUUGUUAGUGAUGAUUUUGAGUAUGAGUCUUUUGGAGAAGUUGACGGAUGGUUGA